UUGGUUUGACAUUUUGAUGUUAGUGUACGUCAACAAUAAAAUAGUAAUAAAAAUGUGAUUACUGCGAUUACAGCAUGUAAAAGUGAAUGAAAAUGAUUCUACUGAUUAUUAGGACAUUAAUUAAUGGUGUAUUUUUCGAUCUGAUGGCGUGCAUCGAUUAAAAAUAUGUUUAGCAAAAGGAAUCCUGUUGACGUUAAAAAGUCAACUACCAAGUUACAAGAUCCAAAAAAGGAUCUUACCACAAGAAUAAAACACUUGCGGCUCAUACUAGAUAAUGUGGACAGUGCAGAAUCAAAGGGGCUCUUUGAGGCCAACUUUAGUCAUGUAUAUGGGGUACUUUAUGAUAGCUUUAUUCAAACUGAGAGCAAUCUUCGACAACGUGAACUCUCCUUUCACUUAGUCCAUAAAGCUCACAAGGAAGAAUUGGACAACACUUUAUGGAUACUAGAACAGAUUCUAAGCCUAUUGCCAGAGUUGAUUCAUAAGCGAUGGCAGCUGCAUUCGCUGGGACGUUUGUUAUCGAAGCUUCUUCACUCGGGCAAUGCUACCAGGCUAAGGAAACAGGCAAUAAAAUAUUUUCUGAUGUGGUACCAAGCACUUAACGACAACGCGCCCGACUACGUACACGAGAUGUUUGCGACUUUAGUUCCAGGUACAUGUACCCUCAAAUUCACCCCAAAUUAUAUUGAAAUUGACAAUUAUUUUAUAGACUUCAACAACCACUUGUCUGCCCACUCGCAAAAUUUUGGUGCUAGCGUUUUCCAUGACACCAGCUUACAAAAUCCUGUAACGCCAGCUGAAUUGCUUCCCAUACUUCCGCCAUCGAAUGCAGAAAAGCCUCCAGAUCAUCCAGCAAAUGUGUAUUUGAGUACAUUAUUGGAACACAUGGUAGGCACUGUUGUUAAGCUGGAAUGGCACGAUAAGCCGGCCCAUCAUCAUCGGUGUUUCAAUUUUCUACUCGAAAAGUUCAAGACGUAUUAUUUACCCAGGAUCUGUCCCGGAUUCUGCAGUGAUACAUCUUUGUACAGACCCAACUUAGAUUUACCGGUUAUUCGAAGGAUGGAAGCUGAGACAGAAUUUAUUCAUUGUCGUGUUACUCUAAUAAUGUGGGUAGCGACUUCCGUGCAUCAGACGAAGAAAAAUGCGGAUUCUACGUCUUCAUCACUUCAAAACAAUUCCCAUCAAGAAGAGGAUUCGUCGCAUACAGACAGCAAUCACCCCAGCCUAGAUUCAACAGUUUCAAUCCACACUAAUAAAACAGCAACAGACGAACAGUUGGCGGCACAAAUUGUUAGGGAUGUUCUUUGCAGCACAAGAGACAACGUAAAUUUUAUUCAUGAAAUGUACAGACAAGCGUUUUUGCUUAAUUUUAAUCACAUCGGUGCAAUCCGAAAGAUCAUUUCAGUUUACAAGGAUUUAAUACAGAAUACCGUGUUAGAAUAUCCGCCGUAUGCACUAGAACUGCCAGAAGACGCGCCUAGGGUGCUGGAAGAUCCGAAUUCGGAAAACGGUAGGGUGGGCAGACUGAGGAACGAUUCGUAUUUGGGCGCAAUCCACAAAGAAAAUCUGUUGGUGAGAGCUGGAAUGCAGAAUGUAUUCCAAUUAUUCGUAACACAUGCUGCCAAUGUCUUUUUACUGGAGGUAAAUUCGCAUAUUGUAAAAAUGCUUGAAGACCAAACCGAUGCAUGUAAACGAGUCUUGAAUAUUUAUAGAUAUAUGGUUAUGCAUACUAGAAUGGACAGUCACACAUGGGAACAAUUGCUCUUAGUUUUAUUACAAAUAACAUCGCUGGUAUUGGGAGAGGCGCCACAGCGUAAAAAGACACAAACAUUGGGUGGGAAAUUAGCUCAGGCCAUUUUUCAAACUCUAAUCGUCACGUGGAUUAAGGCAAACUUAAACGUCUUUAUUUCUAGAGAGCUCUGGGAUAGAUUUCUGCUGGUGCUCACAAGUUUAACCAAUUGGGACGAAUUGAUCAAAGAGUGGGCGAAAACAAUGGAAACAUUAACAAGAGUUCUCGCCCGCCAAGUAUACAAUUUGGACCUCACGGAUCUGCCUCUGGACCGUCAUAAAUCGAAACGCGGAGGCGGACGUCGAUUGCCUAGUCAAGUCGAAUCUCAAACCCCAUGUAGUACAACCGACUCUGUCGGACAUCGCACAACUUUACGACAAGAUUCCGUUCUACCUGAAGGCCAUACGUCCCACAAAAGAACUAGAUCCGGACUUACCAGAAGCUUUAGUGAAACCAACUUAACUGUUAAAAGAAGAACUACCAACCGAGAUCGUAAUUCUAAAAACCGUCGAUCGCGGUCUUUAGACAACUUGCCCGCGAUGGACACCGAAUCGACGGACAGAACGCGAUCCCCCAGUCCCGCCCCAUCCAGCGGCAUGGAGAGCAAUUCAAUCAAAGACUCGCCCAUUCAGCUGGACGUUAUCUCGGCAACAAACGACACCCACGGAUCCGGCGAACAGCAGUCCGGUGACAACAGGGGCGUCAUUUGCGGUGGCAACUUGCGCGGUUGGUUGCCGGAUGUGGCUGUUGUGCUGUGGCGUCGAAUGUUGGGCGCCCUAGGUGACGUUAACGCGAUCACCGAGCCAAAAUUGCACUCGCAAGUCUUCGAAUAUCUAAUUAAGUUAACGGACACGUUGAUCAAGAUCAAGCACAAUCAGGGAGUCUCAAUGGACAACAUGUCAACGCCACAGUCGCCCGAGUUGAUUCCGCCCCUGACGUUGGUACUGCCAUGGUGUUUUGGCGCACUGAUGUCGCCGGACGCAUACGAGAGCGGCAAAUUAAAUGCGCUGAGGCUCUUAUGCAUCAUCACAUUGAAUUGCGAUUCAAAGUAUAGGACGUAUUUGCCACAGUUCUACAGAUUCUUGCACACAACCCUAACAGGAACAUCGAAACCAGCAUUGAAUACAGUUUUGAAAUACCUGGGUCCCAGAUUUCUUUCGCUUCAACUGCCCGGAUCAUCGUUGCUACUUUUGGAUUUGGUGCACGCGUGUAAUUCUGUGUUAAAUAACGUUGAAAAUUUGGAUACAAGCCCCCGUACUGAGGCAGUGUCAAUUUUGGCAAAUCUGUUAAGUCUUCCCGAUGAUUUGAACUCGGUCAGCGUCUUAAGGCCCGACUCCUCCAUCGAAGUGAUGAGUUGUCCAGAUAUCAAGGAACAUGUGGUCAGCAUUUUACUAAGGGCAGGACGAAGGGAGCCCAGCGGAAAGGCUCGGUGCAUCGCGUUAUCUGCCCUCGGCAUGUUCGUUUAUAAGGAAUUAGCCAAUCAAACAUUUCAUCCGAAGGUUUCGGAUGCUCUGAACGUACUAUUGCUUGCACUGAAGUUCAAUGUGAAGGUGAUUGCUCAACUGACCAGCAAUAUUCUUUUCGUUCUUUGUGACCACGCUCCACUUCUGUGGUCUCAAUAUCCACGACUGGGUAAUAGCGUCAUUAGAACUCUCUGUUUAGCUUUGUUCAGGCACGCCCCGCUAGCUUCUACAGCUGGUGAGAGUGAUAAAGCUUUGGGCACGGCCCUGCUCUUGUGUUUGGGGGAGUGGUGCAUGAAGCUGGGUCCUGCCAGACUGCUGGAAGUUUCCGAGUACGGAGAAACCAGAGGAACCUGCUUGCUUUUGCAAGUUUUUACAGUGUUGCAUAAAAUAGUCAUGGGUAUGGCAUCAUCGGAAAACGCUGGUGGGUUGUCGCAGCCGUCUCUAAACGAUGACUUCGACCCGAACAUAGUUUCCGACGACUUGGGCAAAUCGGGAGGUUUGCACACGCCCAAAAGUAACGGUCAGUGUGAGCAGGCAAUCGUUCUGUGUGCCAAAACCGUCCUGGCUCAUCUCGUAACCUAUCUAAGUCAUUUCCCGAUGGCCAUUGGUGCAGCAAGGCUUAGUUCUCUCGUUGUCGAACAAGACGACGUACCGAAUUUGGCGAGUGAUGACCUCAACUCGAGUAUAUUUACCGCUCCCAACAUACAAUUGUUUAUACUGACAAAAAACGUGAUCGCUAGUCUGGUUGAGCUGCCGGCGUUGGAUCUACCUGGAGGCGGAGUAACAGCCGGUUUGAGUACUGCAGAUAAACAAGUUAGGGUUAUUCUUAGAGAUUUGUCAGGGAAAUCUUGUUGGGAUGCAUCAAUUUUGUAUAAAACGCCAGACAACAUCGUUUCCGAAGACGAUGCAUUGCCUGAAGUUGAAAACAAUGUUAAUAAAUGGGGUCCCAUGAGCUACUUCCAGCCAGAAAGUUUAAUGGUGGGAACUUUACAAAAUUUACCGCAACGCGCCAUGAGACAUAGGCCUCCAAACGUCUUGCCGAAUGUCUCUAAUUCAGCACCGGAUUUGGACCAACUGGACGAUUUAUUGCAAUAUCUCGGCCACACAAGUCCCGAAUGUUUGGAAGACGUUAGUCGCCGACUGAAUGAGCCCGCGGCUCCUCCUAUGUCGUUUGAACUUGAAUCCGAAGCCAUUCAAUCGGUGAUAAGCCAAAGAAACGCCGAAUUGGAAGAGAAUCGCUGUCUCCAAACCUCCGACAGUAUGCCCACGCAACCAUUAAGUCGUCCCAACAGUCGAACUGAAACGGAGAGGGAAACUUCUUUGGACACUGUAUCUAGUCAACAAGCUCUGAACUGUAUAAUGGAGCAAAAAGCAUUCCAACAGUGUCGCCUUCUGUUUUCUCAACUGGGACUUGCAGGUUGGGAACGACGUCGACAACUCCACCUUCUGAAUAAAAACGAAAGGCUUCUGCGUGAGCUAAGAAAUUUAGAUAUGCAAAGUUGUAGGGAAACACACAAGGUGGCAGUUAUUUAUGUGGCCCCGGGGCAAGAAGACAAGAAUUCAAUAUUGUCAAACCAAGGCGGCAGCGCAGCUUACGAGCAAUUCCUUGCCGCGUUAGCUUGGGAAAUCGAAUUGGAGGGUCACACUGGCUUCCUUGGCGGUCUUCCCAGACAGGGCACAGGUUUGACCGCACCUUACAUCGCCACCAGUUUUCUCGAAGCAAUUUUCCACGUAGCAACAAGGAUGCCCGGAGAAGCUCCCGAUGCUGUUCACAGCAAGACAAAACAUUUGGGCAACGACGAAGUUCAUAUUGUUUGGUCAGAGCACUGGCGGGACUAUAGACGCGACAUCAUUCCCACUGAAUUCUGUGAUAUUUUGAUUGUUAUCUAUCCACUGGGCAAUAAUCUCAAUCGUGUUACUAUUAAUUGUAAAGAUGACGUACCUCAUUUUGGAGUCUUGUUUGAUGAAGCAAUUGUUGAAAGCAACAUUCUAGCUGGUCUAGUAAGAGCAACCGCAAUUUGUGCAAGCAGGGCAAAACGUAUUACCUACGAACAUUACCAACAAUAUUAUGAGGAGAGGGCGAAAUCAUUGGACAUUGUAGUGACAAAACAUAAGAAGAGCACCACGUACGAAGAACUGAUAUCGCGGAUUUAUAGUCCGGCCGAUAUCAAUACUUCAUUUUGCGCAGGUGGAUCGAUUGCGUUGAUUAACGACGGAUCUAGUUGCAACUCUACUUUGGCAGCUGCUCUUCUCGACGGUCAUGGCCAUUCUCACAAGCCAGUUCAGAGAACAGACCCCAAAUGGAGAGCAAGUGAAUCAUCAUCCAAAGGUGUAUGGUUCAAUAACCACGAUAUGUCUCAAAACGUCGAAUCGACAAGUAUAUCGCCGCGACCGCUUAAAAAAUUCUCGACAAACUUAAAAAGUUCGAGACGAUCGUUGCGUCACGACACUUCCAUCGAGUCGCCACCGGAAAGUCCAGUGCAAAUGACUAGAAAAAAGUAGGGUAUUAGAUAUGUAAUUGCACUACCGUAUCAAAUAUGUAGAUAAACUCGCACUAGUUCAAUGUCCCAUGAUCCUGUGGGACGGAUACCUAGUACAGCACCGAUUGUAAAUAUAAUCGACCUCUAAAAAAUAAAGAUGACUCUGAUUAGGUUGGUUGUCCUCUUAGUUUUAGGGGUAAUUUUCAGCCUUAACUGAAUUGUGUGUUUUUGAUUGGGGUAGGUUAAAACUACCUUUAAAAUCAAGUUGGCAACUAUUCUAUUACAUUUCCAAUGCUGGUAGAGUCAUUAGGUCGGUUGAAUUUCUAUUUUUAGGCUUUUACCUCGAGUCUCUGGGUACUGUACUAACCGUUGUUGUAACAUACUGUAAUUUAUUAAUUUUAGGAAAAAGCGUAAUGCAUAUUACAUAUUUUUUUACUGGAGAAUUUGUAACAAAUUGAAGAUGAAUGGAGUGGUAGGUUGUAAUGAUAUGUCAGGACUUCAUUUUUACUAAUUAGGUAAUUAAUACCUAAUGUUUAACAACAACAAUUAUAUAUGGGUCAGAAUUCGUGAAACGCCUGCAUAUUAUAUAUGUUCAAGGUACUGUGCAAACUUAGCUAACUUGUAAACUAGAUGGAUAACUUAAAUAAACUAUCCAAACCAUUAACUAUUUUGAUAGAAAACACAAUUAUGAAUAUUUUAAUUGUAUUAUUUCAAUGUUCUUUUUUUCUGAUAUCAUCCUAUACCCAAUUUUAAUGCUAAAUUAGCCAAUACUUAUACUUUAUAAACUUCCUCAAGUAUUAGCUAUCAAUAAAGCUAAAGGUUUAGUUAGUACCUAAAUUAUUCAAUUAGCCAAUAAAGUCAAGUUUGCACAUUAGCUGUUACUUAUAUACUUUGUUUUUGCAAAUUUUUCUUUCAAUUUCAACAGAACAAGAAAGCACUAAAUAAAAAUACGGAUCUUGAAAGUCAUCAACAAAAUUUUUUCUUAUCAACUGUGAAUUGGAACACUCGGUAGGGCCUGUUUCACAAAUUCUCAUCCAUAUAAAGCAUCUUAAGUGCCAUCUCUAUUGAAUUUUAUUUAUAAAAAUAACUAAUAUAUUAUGUUUAACUA